AUGAAGGACGUCCAGGAGUUCAAGAUCGACCACUGGAUCCGAACUUACGGUCCUCAAAGCCGCUAUGAGCUUCAUGGCUCAUACGCGUCCGCAUUGUCCUUGAACGACCUCAAGGCCCUCUCCAGCGACCCUUCUCUGGAGCUCUUCGACCCAGACCUACAGCUCACGUACGGCUCAUUUGAGGGCUCGCAACGCCUGCGCGAGCGCAUUGCCGCGCUGCACUCCACGCCAGAAUGCACGCUCAGCGCCGACGACGUGCUCAUCACGCCGGGGUCAAUCAUGGCCAAUUUCCUCGUGCUGGACGCCGUCUCUGGGCCGGGCGAGCACGUCAUCUGCCAGUACCCGACGUUUGGACAGCUGUACCUGCUGCCCAAGUUUAGCGGCGUGGACGUCAGCCUCUGGAAGAUGGACGAGGGCAACGGGUGGAUGCCGAGCCUGGAGGAGCUGGAGCGAUUGAUCAAGCCCAACACCAAGGCCAUCAUUCUCAACAACCCGAGUAAUCCGACCGGCGCAAUCCUUGGCAAGGAGUUCUUGGAGAAGGUCAUUGCAAUUGCUCGCAAGUCCAACAUCCUCGUCUUCUCCGACGAGGUGUACAGCCCAUUGUUCUUCACGCCCGAUCGGCCUCCUUCUUUCGUGACAAUGGGAUACGACCGCAGCGUCGUGACGAGCUCGCUGUCCAAGUCCUUUGCCAUCCCCGGUGUACGAAUCGGUUGGGUCGUGACGCGCGACGCGGCCCUGCUACGGCGGAUCAGCAUGGCUCGCGACUUCACCACCAUCUCUGUAUCUCAGCUCGAUGACGCAGUCGCAGCGUUUGCCCUGGACGAAAAGGUGCUGCCCGCGCUGGUGGAGCGCAAUCUCGCGCUGUGCAGAGAGAGCAUCGGUUUGCUGGAGGGCUUCGUGGAGAGGAGCAAGGGCAGGGUGCAGUGGAUGAAACCAGACGGCGCGGGCACGGCGUUCAUCAAAGUGCUGGAUCGUGAGGGCAAGCCGGUUGACGAUGUCGAGUUCAGCAAGAAGCUGGUGAGCGAGGAGAGCGUGUGCGUCAUUGCGGGUGGGCAUUGCUUUGGCGAGGGCGAUGCGGAAGACUUCAAGGGGUAUGUGAGGAUCACACUGGGAGAUCCGAAGUUACUGCAAGAGAGCCUGCCACUGUUGGAGAGGUUCAUCCAGAAGUACUAG